AUGAGUUCGCCUCUCGCCACGUUUCCGUCCCCCAAAAAGGUCGUCCCACCCCGAUUAUCGUUGUCUUCCAAGGAAGCCCUACAACCGACACAUUCUUCGCCUGGCAAGAAUUUUCACCAGCUGCAACCAUCUUCGUUGCCAAAGGACCCCAGCCAGGAACUACCUUCGCCAACCAUUAUGGGAGCAUCCUAUCCAAAAACAAUCCCUAAGGUUGAUGGGAGAGUAACGACCUUGCAAGACACUGUAGAUCAGGCAGUCAAGGAGAACCGUUACGGGACGGAGGAGCAAGUUGCCGAGCAUAUCCGUUACGUCUUGGUUGACAGACUGAACGUUGUUAAUGCGAUGAUAGCGCUGGAACUGGCACGUACUGACGCGUUGGUAGGGAAAUGGGCGGAGAGGAUUGAGCAGGCGCAAUUUCGUUGGUUGCGAUCCAUGGACCAUCACGAACUGGAAUCGAAAUGGCUCGGUCCAUAUCACCUUCCGUCUAUAACCGCCCGCGACAGCGAAAGUGUGAAGGCCGUCUUGAAAAGGCUUCUUCAGUACCACACCUCGCCCACUUAUCCGCUUGUCAAGAAAGUUCGCCAGCCGCUGCCAUCUCCGCCAAUCAUCCGUGACGUCGGACCACUGAAGACAAGCGUCAAGACUGACACGAAAGUGGCGACGUUGCAUGACAUUGUGCACCGGAAAUCGUCGACGAAAGUGUACGGGAACGACGAGCAGAUUGCGGAGGAAAUCCGUUACACUUUAGUAGAAAAACUGUCGCCUUACGAUGCGGCGAUGGCGCUGAACCUCGCUCGUAACGACGAGGAGGUGGGGAUCUGGGUGGAGAGGGCAGAACUUGCGCAAUUUUCUUGGUUUUUCCCGAUGUCUCCUGAUCGGCUAAAACAAAAGUUGUUGAAACUUCGUAAGAGCUCGCCCGGUUCUGCUGACGAUAAAGACGGUGUGGAGGCCGUCGUCCAAAGGUACACUCCGUUCUACAACGAAAACCAUAACGCCAGUUAA